AUGUGCGCUGCGUGCAUCUGAAACAACGUUACACUCUCGAUUUCUUACAGUCUCCUAACUUUUGUUCUUUUGAGUCCUAGGGGCUCAGAUCACUUAUAGAGCGCAACCACCUUUCUCCUACCCUCCCACUUUGUUUCUCCCUUCUUCUCACCCUUCUUUCUUUUUCUUCAUUCUGUUCUCUCGCGGAAGGACAAUCGUUGUUUCCUUUUCUUCUUCUUCUUCUUCUUCUUUUUUUUUUUGGCGAUUUUGUGUGUGUGUUUGUUGUUCCUUCGCUUCGGACAGAAAAUUCAAAGGUGGGAAAACAAGGGGAUAUUUAAUGAAUUCGUUGGUGAAGUGCAGAGGUGAAGACGUAAAGUCUGAGGAGCCUGGUCCUGCAGAUUUUGAACGAGCAAUAACUCAUUCUGGCUAUGGAAAGUUCAAUUAUUUAUUGCUGUUGGCCGUGUUGCCCGCCAGUUUCUCCAGCAUUUUCUCAUCGUCGGCGAUGUCGUACGUGUUACCAUCGGCCGAAUGCGACCUGAAUCUCACCAUGUUCGACAAGGGUCUACUCAACUCGAUGACGUUCGCAGGUAUGAUCAGCACCUCAUUUUUCUGGGGAUUCAUGACCGACACGUUUGGUCGUAAGAAGAUAAUGUUUUAUGGUUACAUGUUCACCGGAAUAAUGAGCCUGGCAACAUGUUUCUCGCAUACAUCGUGGCUAUUAAUUUCGUUCAAGUUCCUCGAUGGCGUUAUCAUAUCCGGUCCAUACGCCGCACUUAUGUCUUAUUUGGCAGAAAUACAUAAUGAUACGCAUCGAUCUCGUACCUACAUGUGGCUAGGAGUGUUUUUCUCCCUUGGGAACAUUUCUCUACCAUGUAUCGCGUGGUUGAUCAUACCACAAAAAUGGACGAUUAACACCGGAAGCGGGGCUAUGGAGAUCAAUUCGUGGCGUGUGUUCUUGGCAAUCUGUUCGCUACCGGAGUUUCUUGCCUGCAUAGCGUUAUUCGCGUUCCCCGAGAGCCCGCGUUUUCUCUUACUGAAAGGCAGAAGGCAAGAGGCACUCGAGGUUUUCAAGAAGAUAUACUCGGUGAAUACCGGCAAGAAUCGAGACACAUAUCCGAUAAAGGACAUCGAGGACGAGUAUUCCGUGAAAUCGGCGCGUGACAAUAUAAAGGACGAAUUACGUUCCUGUUGGCAACAGAUCAGACCACUCUUUCUGUCGCCGAACAUCUUCAAACUCAUCGCGAUAGGCAUGAUUCAACUGGGUGCCACGAUAGGAUCAAAUUCGAUCAGACUAUGGAUGCCACAAUUAUUCACAAUGAUGGAACAAUUCAAGAACGAUGAUCUAAAACAUGAAUAUUCGAGCUCUCAGCCACGCUUCUGUUACAUGUUAGGCCAACAAGGAACUAGUUAUAAUUCCUCAACAAGCUUCAUAAACGAAACAUUAAACGUUGCCCACACAUGCGUACCGGCGGAAUUGAACUCAAAGGUAUUUAUUAAUUCUAUCGUAAUUGCGACUACCAGUGUAGUAGGAUAUACCUUGGCGGGCACACUCAUUACCGUAGUGGGAAAGAAGAAACUUAUUGCAACUUGUUUCAUAGUAGCAGCUGCUUGCUGCGCUUCACUUUACUGGGCUGAGCAUACUAACAGUAUUCUCGGUUUAUGUUCGGUUUUUGUAGCAAUGUCGAGUAUAGGCGGUGCCUGUGUGAUAAAUGUUAUCGUUGAUAAUUUCCCUACGUGCUUAAGGACUAUGGCAGUUAGUCUGACUAUGAUGGUCGGCAGGAUCGGAGCGGUUCUAGGUAAUUUACUAUUUCCAGUGUUGUUUGACUUAACCUGCCUGGGACCAUUCAUUAUGAUUGGCUCCGCUUCUCUAGUAUCGGCGUUACUAGUGACCAUUCUUCCUCGAAAAAAAACACAGAAUAAUAAACCAAAGCAAACUGCCUAACGAUAAUCUGUACGAAUAAAACUGUAAUGAACUAACAAGAACUGAAAGAAGCGCUUGUAAAUAUAUAUACCUUGUCUCUG